UCAUGUGUAGCCAAAUUUCCUUCAUUAAUUAGUUGUAUUUUAAAACAAUAUUUCUAUGACUAAAGAGCAUACUUGAGAUUUAAAACAUGAAACUUCUUUAAAACUGUCUAUUUUUGCAAAUCAAGUUGAAAAUUUGGCACUUUUGAAAUUAAUUAAUUACUAAUUACUCUUUUGAACUGGUUUUUCUCUACUAAUUCUUUCUUCUAAGUUUCUAAUCUUACCCUUCUCUCUAUCUCCUCUCUCUCUAACAUGCCUAAGUCUCGUCUGAAGCUUUUUGGUUUCAACAUCUCAAAAGAGAAAAAAACAGUUUCAAAUGUUACAAAGCCGCCGCCGGCGAUGGAGUGGCCGGAAUCUGAAAAUCCCCAUGCCCCAAAGUUCGAGUGCCAGUAUUGUUGCAGAGAAUUUUCCAAUUCGCAAGCUUUGGGCGGCCAUCAAAACGCCCAUAGAGAAGAAAGACAGCUUUUAAAGAGCGCUCAAAUGAAAUCUUGUCAUCGGAAUUACAUCACAGCUCUGCACGUGCAGAACUGGCUGUCGUCGUCCUUUCCGCCCCCGCCGCUGCCGGCGGUGGUGGGUGGUCCUCCAUCGACGGCGGAAAUGAUUUAUGCUAUGUCGCGGCCGCUGUUGUCCCAAGAGGUUCGGCGGCAGGCCGGAGAUCUUACGGGGGUGAUCGGAGUGGUAGGAGAUGAAGAUGUUUCCGGUUGGAGUUUGGGCCUGGAUUUACAGCUUAGUCUUGGGCCUGGUAAGCCUUGACUUGGGCUUUUCUCGAUUACGGCCCACAGUGUAUAAUAUUGUUGAACUUUCUUUCCUUUUUUUUUUUUUUUUUUUUUUUU